GUCAGUGUGCAUUUAUUCAUGUAUAUUACAUUUUGCAACUUUUGCUCUGCUGGAUCUCCUUCUGCUUCCUCCUGUCAGUUACAGGGACAAUUCCACCUGAAUAUGAUGCACAAGUCUGGAGAUGUGAUUCUGGGUGGACUAUUUGUAUUUCAUUUAUUUUCAGUUGUUCCUGACCUUUCAUUUAAGUCUGAACCCCAACAACCGAAGUGCUACAGUUUUAAUGUUCUAGGAUUCAGACAGGCUCAGACCAUGGCUUUUACUAUUGACGAGAUUAACAAAAAUUCCAACCUGCUUCCUAAUGUGACUCUAGGAUACAGUUUUUACGAUCACUGUGUCAGUGUAGGAAUUGCAUUCCGUGCUGCCUUGUCUUUAGCCAGUGGUCAGGAGAAAGAGUUUCAAUUCGAUGAAACCUGUGUGGGACCCCCACCAGUGUUGGGAAUUGUGGGUGAUUCUUCCUCCACUAAUUCUAUUGCCAUUUCAUCUGUCUUAGGUUUGUACAGAGUGCCAAUGGUGAGUUACUUUUCAACAUGUUCCUGCUUGAGUGACAGAAAAAAGUUUCCAUCCUUCUUCAGGACUAUCCCAAGUGAUGCUUUCCAAGUGCGUGCUCUGAUUAAGAUUUUAAAACACUUUGGCUGGACCUGGGUUGGCCUGUUGGUCAGUGAUGAUGACUAUGGACUCCAUGCUGCCCGAUCUUUCCAGUCUGACUUGGUUGAGUCUGGUGAAGGUUGUCUGGCUUACUUAGAAAUUUUGCCUUUAAGCAAGAAGCCGACUGAGUUUAAGAGGAUAGUGGAAGUAAUGAAGAAAUCGACAGCUCGUGUGGUGAUUGGAUUUGCACAUGAGAGUCUAAUUAUUCAAAUCAUGGAAGAGGUGGUAAAACAGAAUGUGACAGGUCUGCUGUGGAUGGCGAGUGAAGCGUGGACAUCAUCUGCAGUGCUCCAGACUCCCAAACUCAGGGCAUACUUGGGUGGAACACUGGGUAUUGCCAUCCAACAAGGAUACAUUCCAGGUCUAAAGGAUUUUAUGUUCAAAAUCAAUCCUGGCCAACAACACAACAACAGCUAUGGGCAUAAUGUGGUAAAGCAGUUUUGGGAAUUCACAUUUCAGUGUAGGUUUGCCCCACUUCCAGCAGGUUGGUUGGAAGCUGGGGGAGCACUAUGCACUGGACAGGAAGAUCUAAAGAAUGUGGAAAGAGAGAUUUUGGAUGUUUCAAAUCUCAGGUCAGAGUACAAUGUGUACAAGGCCGUGUACGCACUGGCAUAUGCCCUUGAUGACAUGCUGCAGUGUGUGCCAGGGAGAGGACCUUUCGGCGGGAAUACCUGUGCCAGUUUAAACAGGCUAGAGCCGUGGCAGCUUGCGCAUUACUUGCAAAAUGUCAAUUUCACCACAUCGUCUGGUGACCAGGUGCAGUUUGAUGAGAAUGGUGAUUCCUUACCGAUCUAUGACAUUGUUAACUGGCAGUGGCUCCCUGAUGGAACAAUAAAGAUUGAAAAUGUGGGUGUGAUUCAGAAGUCAGCCUGGAAAGGUGAAGAGCUCAUGCUUGAAGAACACAGAAUCUACUGGAACUUGCAGUUUAAAGAGACACCCAAAUCAGUGUGUGGUGAAAGCUGUCCACCUGGCACACGCAUAGCGAGAAGGAAGGGUGAGCCUCUGUGCUGUUUUGACUGUGUGCCAUGUUCUGAUGGAAAGCUCAGCAAUCAGACCGACUCCAUGGAUUGCACCAGUUGUCCAGAGGACUUUUGGCCUAAUCCCCAGCAUGAUCAGUGUGUUCCUAAAGGGACUGAGUUCCUGUCCUACCAUGAGCCUCUGGGUAUCUGCUUGACUGCUGCCACAUUGCUGGGGACAUUUAUCUGUGCUGUUGUCCUCGGGAUCUUCACAUAUUAUCACAGUACACCAAUAGUACGAGCCAACAAUUCAGAACUGAGCUUCCUGCUCAUAAUUUCACUAAAGUUGUGUUUCCUGUGCUCACUGCUGUUCAUUGGCCGGCCUCAGCUGUGGACAUGUCAGCUGAGACAUGCAGCCUUUGGGAUCAGCUUUGUGCUUUGUGUCUCAUGUAUCCUGGUAAAAACCAUGGUGGUUCUGUUUGUGUUUAAGUCCUCCAAACCAGGAGGUGGAGCCAAAUUGAAAUGGUUUGGUGCCAGACAACAGAGAAGGACGGUUCUGGCUUUGAGUUCUGUCCAGGCAGUAAUCUGCACUGUUUGGCUUGUCUCUUCCUCUCCAGCUCCUCAUAAAAACACUCAAUAUCACAAUGACAAAAUAGUUUAUGAAUGUGUUGUUGGCUCCACAGCUGGUUUUACAGUGUUAUUGGGGUAUAUUGGCUUUCUGGCUGUCCUCAGCUUCCUGCUCGCAUUCAUGGCCAGGAAUCUUCCUGACAGUUUUAAUGAGGCGAAACUCAUCACUUUCAGCAUGCUGAUAUUCUGUGCUGUGUGGGUGGCAUUUGUCCCCACUUAUAUCAGCUCCCCUGGUAAAUAUGCAGAUGCAGUGGAAGUAUUUGCCAUCCUGGCCUCCAGUUUUGGCCUUUUGGUUGCACUGUUUGGACCCAAAUGUUACAUUAUCCUCCUAAGACCUGAAAAAAACACAAAGAAGGCAAUCAUGAGCCGGGAUAUUGAGACUUAA